CCUUAAAAACCCCCCAUUUAUGGAGCUCUGUUCUUCUAAAUUUUUCUGCUUUACAAACAUCACCACCUUUCAGUUGUGUUACAUCAUUUGAACCUUCCACUUACUUUCCAAUAUUCCCUUCACAGCUCUAUAUAUUUAAGAUUUCUCAAUCUCUAGCUAGUUCUUUGUAUCAUAUUCCUGCAAAUUUACCUAGUUCUUUUCUAUACUAGCCUUAAACUCUUCAGAUUAAUUAGUCAUGAUGGAAAUUUAUUCCGAAGAACAAAUGGAAUUGCCUCCAGGAUUCCGGUUUCAUCCCACAGAUGAAGAGCUUAUAACUCAUUACUUAUCUCCCAAAAUUCAUAACAAAAGCUUUUCAUCUGCAGCUAUAGCAGAAGUUGAUUUAAACAACGUCGAGCCUUGGGAAUUGCCAUGGAAGGCGAAGAUGGGUGAGAAGGAGUGGUACUUCUUUUGCGUGAGAGAUAAGAAGUACCCUACUGGUUUGAGGACAAACAGGGCAACUGAAUCCGGAUACUGGAAAGCUACUGGGAAAGACAAGGAGAUUUUUAAGGGAAAAACGCUUGUGGGGAUGAAGAAAAUUCUGGUUUUCUACAAGGGAAGGGCUCCUAGAGGAGAUAAAACCAAUUGGGUGAUGCAUGAAUAUAGACUUGAGGGAAAGCAUUCCAUGGACUACUCUUCCAAAACAUCCAGAAAUGAGUGGGUGAUUUCAAGAAUCUUUCAUAAGAGUGCUGGUGGAGUGAAGAGUCAUAUAGAAGCAUUAGCGCAACAUGGAAAUUGCAGUGAAGAAGUGCAACAACAAGUGGCUUCGAAUCUUCCUCCUCUGUUAGACGUAUCAAGAACUUUGCAAGCUGAGGCGGUGCCAGUGUCUAAAGAAACGUCCUACUCAAGCCAAAUUGAAGACAUUAAAUUUUCAGACAGUAUGACCGAAGCUUCUGUAAUGCAAUCGUCGUUUUAUUCCUAUCCCUCAAUCCCUAUUAUAAAUCCACACCUUUCCUCUCCAAUUCCCCUGCAAUUCCCGGAGUAUUAUGCAGUUCAAGAUGAAUCAAGUAUGAGGUACAUAAUGGAGUACAAUGGGGAAGUAACCGAAAUGAAACAGACCUGCAAAACAGAAUUUUCACAGGACACCAAUGGAGGGAUGAGUACGGACGUGUCUUCAGUCGUUUCCAAUCAUUUUGACACGAGGUCUUAUGAAGAUCAAGAAUAUCAUCCCAUCAGUUCAAGUGGACCGGUGGACCUUGGUUGUCUGUGGAAUUAUUGAUUUUUUCAGAUUUAGGAUUUGCAGUUGAAAGGAUCAGGCAAUCAUGAUAGCUACAGAACAUAUAAGAUUAUACUGCUGCACAUAAUAAUAGAUGACUUAGCAAUAA